GGAUCAUGUGAUCAACCGGAGAGGACUGAAAGGAAGGAUCCGUUGUCAACGGCUGUCCGCUGUCUCUUUCACCCAGAAGACACCGGAGGAAGAGGAUCAAGAUGUGCACCAGUGUCCAGCCUGUUGAAUGGACCAGCGACCUCAGAAACCAGAAUUAUGAUGGCAUCGUGUUGGUGACCCAGAGCCAUGACACGCUGCCCCCUGAGCUCGAGAGUCUGAAAGCACCGCUGCAGGAUUACAGCUCUGUGGACAGUGGUCUAGAGGAGGAGGUGGUGGUCCUGAAGGUCCCUGGUCUCCCUGGUAACCGCCUGGUGUUUGCCUCCACCGGCCCAGUUAACCGCGACUACGAUGACGUCAGACGUUUCAGCGACGCAGCACUCAACGGCAUCAAACGGGCCUUGAAAGCAGGCAUGCAGCGCCCCCUGCUGGUUUGCCCUCCACACAAAGACUAUAAGCACAGCACUAUGGUGGCUGCACUCGGGGCCCUUCAGGCUCUCUACAUGCCCCUGGAAGUGAGGGAGGGGAAUGUAAAACCCACCGAAUACAAAGUGUGUGUUCUGGGACUGUGGGCAGCGCAGGAGGCGGAGGGACAGAUGUUGGUGAAGCUAGCCGAUGCCCUGGAGAGUGGGAGAGUGGCAUAUCGUGACAUUGGUGGCUCAGACCCCGAACGUAUGGCUGCUCCUCGUGUGGCCGAUUACGUCCAGGAACUCUUCAGGGACAGCCCCGUGCAGGUUGAAGUGGUGAGCGACCUGAAGGUUCUGGAGAAAGACUAUCCCUGUCUGGCUGCAGUCAACCGCUGUGCCAACAGUGUACCUCGUCACCAGGCCAGAGUCAUCAAGCUGCAGUACUGUGGAGAGGGACCAGUCCAAAAGACGCUCAUGUUGGUGGGAAAGGGCAUCACCUACGACACUGGUGGAGCAGACAUCAAGGCUGGUGGUGUCAUGGCUGGGAUGCACAGGGACAAGUGUGGAGCUGCUGCCGUGGCCGGCUUCUUCCAGAUUUUAGCCAAGUUGAAGCCAAGCCACCUGAAGGUCGUCGGCUCCAUGGCCAUGGUGAGGAACAGCGUCGGUGCAGACUGUUAUGUGGCUGAUGAACUGGUGGUUUCCCGUGCGGGUCGCAGAGUGAGAGUGGGAAACACAGACGCCGAGGGACGUAUGGUGAUGGUCGACCUGCUCUGUGAGAUGAAGGAGAAGGCGGUACGAGAGACCUCUCCUCAUCUGUUUACUAUUGCUACUCUGACUGGUCAUGCCAUCAGAGCCAUGGGACCCAACUACUCUAUCAUCAUGGAUAAUGGACCCGCCCAUCGCAGCAGUAAUGCUGCUCAGUGGCAGAAAGCUGGAGACGUGUUGGGCGACGUGUUCGAGGUGUCCAGCAUCAGACGAGAAGACUACGAGUUCCACAAGGGCAAGUCCGAGUACGAGGAUAUCCUGCAGUGCAACAACUUGCCGUCCUCAGCCACGCCUCGGGGACAUCAGACCCCUGCGGCUUUCCUCAUCAUGGCCUCAGGGCUCGACAAGCAUGGUGUGGAUUCUGACAGGCCACUUCCAUACUCUCACAUUGACAUCGCUGGGUCCAGUGGUCCUUUCCCCGGUGUCCCAACGGGAGCCCCCAUCCUCGCCAUGGCAACCAACUACAUACGGCCUGAUGGUCUCUAAACAGACACCCCCACUAUAAAAAGAAUACGGUCUCUGCACUUAAUCCCAGCACACAUUUGUAACCGUCCUAAUAUAAAUGAAACUCCUGCCACAACAUGUAAUACAAAAUGUGCGCUUUUUCAUAUCUGACCCUCCUUUAAAGCCUCAGAUUGUUUUUUCUGCAAGAAUCUUCUUUGCUCUCUUUUAUAAGAUCUUGUGAGAUUCAUUCUAUCUGCGCCAAGUGUCAAAUGACCCUGGUCUUAAGUGGCCUGAAUCAAUAUAUACUCAGGGGUUAAAUGACAGUAUAAAAAUACCAUCUGUUUAUAUGUGUCUGUACGUGUGAGACAAACUGGGGAUGUAGUUGUGUAAUAAGUGAGGCUGUGUGUGAGGCUGCCUUCAAAUGGGGUCGUGUUUUCUGUGUUCAUGAGAAGAGUCCAAAUGAACGCCCUCCUCUUGUAGUUUUCACGACCUCACAAGUGAAGAUUUUCUGACGGCUCUGAGUUCCUGAGUUGUGAUGUGUUUGCUGAUUAUUAUAUUGUCAUUUUAGUCAUGUAGAGGUUUUCUUUGUAAUUUCAUGUCUGAAAAAUAACUCAACAUUUACUGAAAUGAGUGAAGAAGGACGAGAACAGCGAGGAUCCUUUGUGCCACCAUGUUGCCGUUGCCUAGCAGCGGUGUUCUCACCACGUAACCACUUGAACGCGAACAUAUCUUGUACAUGACUUCCCAUGUCAUCACCUAGAGCUCACGGCUUCCAUUUGAAGGCAGCAUGAGUCAAACCAAGCAUUCAUCUUUGAUCAAUAAAACUAAAUCAAAAUUUAAAAGAUCACUGUUUUGUUUUUGC